GUUAGCCAAUUGUCGAAUUUGAUAAUGGCUAGCGCGGAACUAUAUACCCAGAUUGCUUGGUCACCGAAUUUGGAUCCCGUGAAGGAAGCAGCCGCCUUUCGCGAGCACAGCUCCCACUGAUGGCUGGCUAUACCAUGACCAUCCACAAAACCCAGGGUAUUUCACUUGAUCGCGUCAAGGUGAAUUUGGAAAGGGCCUUUGAAGAGGCAAUGGUAUAUCUGGCUCUCAGCCGAGCGAGGACGCUCGAACAUCUUGAAGUCGUCGCACUUCCUGAGAAGAGUUUGAACAAGCUGGAUGCACAGGUCAAGCAGUUUUACGAAAGGAUCACGAGCGCCUAGAUACUAGGAAUGUUGGUCCUGACAUCGACACCCGCAUGUAAUCGAUGGUUGUUGUUGGAUACCCUACUGUCUUCGGCGUUUGGGGGAUGGUAUCUUGGAGUUUGCUC